AUGGAAAUUUAAUCAGCUCAGUAUAAAAACAUCAAUCUAUCUCAAUAACAUCAAAUGUUGGCUUCAACAGUUUCUUUUAACAAGCAUGAUCCUUCAGUCUAGUAGUUCAAAGAUCCUAAACAACCACCAAUUUAUUUAAGCCAAACUCAUCAGCAAUAAAGGGCGAACAAUCACUACUAGCAACCACCAUAAGAAAAAGUUCGACACUCUAAUGGUGUUAUGAAUAAACAUGAUCAGGAUCAGAAGCAGCAUCCUUAUAAAAUCAAGAAAAAUCCAAGCACUCAAAUGCACACACCUCCAUUGUAUUACUAAAACUAAGCCACUACAACUGCAGAGGAGCACAACCCUCCAACUUACUCUAAUCCUAGAUCUAUGUCCAAUUCCUCACACCCUUCUUCAACCAAUCAAAUCAGUAGCAACGGACUCUUGAACACAAACAGUAAUAACUAUGAGUUCCUACUUUCUAAUUACAAUGGUAGAGCAGGCAGUGAUCCUGAACUUAUCGGCAAGCAUGAAAGUAAUAACGAAAAGCACUAUAGAAAUGAAGAAGUUAUGAGCUAGGGUUAUGAUAGACCAGGAAGAUAGCAAUUUUAGAUAGAUACCAAAUAUGAGACGCACUCAUAGUAGCCAGUAAGCAAGUCUUAAAUACAUCCUUAAAACCAAAAUCAUCAAAAUCCUAGCAGGGAUAUUAAUAUGUAAAGGGAUGUAGUGGUUAGAGACUACUAAGAAUACUAAGAAUAAAGUGAAUAUGCUGACAAUGAUGCUGAUUACGAGGAUUAAGAGUAAGAUUAAUAGCAAUAUCAUCAUCAACACAAAGUGGAGAAUAAUAUGUCCAUGAUCAAUCAAAACUACCUUGAUCAAAGCUCUGAUUUGUAUCUGGCCAAGGAUAUCAUGGAAUUGAUGAGAGGAAGCAUAGAGUAAGACUAGAACUAGCUUGAUGAGGAUAACUAAGAACUAAAUAAUAGUUAGUUCCCACCCAUACAGUAUAGAGUGUAGGAUUAAUACUUGAGAGACAGUUUUACUUAUAAGCAGAAAUUCCAAUCUUAUGUUCAGAACAGUCUAAAUAACAAGCCUCAAAUAUCAAAUGACCACAUUAGAAAAUAUAACUAAUCGACCUUCUCGACUAUAACAUAGCCACUUGAGACAAUUAAGUAUCCAGAGCACCAUCUUGUAUAUAAUAAGUACCCACAGAGAUCAAUUGAUGCCACUUCAACUCUAAUUCAAGACUCAAAUGAGAGUGUCAAAUAAUAUAUUCCUCUUAGAGAAAACAAAAGCAAAUAGAAUGAAAUCGCUAAUAUAAUUAAAGGGCAAACUAAGCAAUCAGAACUUACUAUUCAUACUGCAGCUGAGAAGAUUAUUGACUCUUAAAAGCGAAUGAGAGCCUAAAAGAGAGAGCAGAAAAAGCAAGAAAAAAAGGCUAGGACUAGACAAGAAAGCAGACAGGAAAUGCAAAUGGUAGUAAAUAAUGAGAAUGAAAACGAGUAUACUGAUACCUACACCACUAACACUCAGACUAGAACUUAUUCUGGCUUAGGGGAUGUAUCAUAGUCUUAUAAGCUAAAAAACCAAACAAAGCUAAAUCAUCUGUUCUAGAGUUAAAUGAAUAGCAGAGCAACCUGUUACAACAAGGAUCCUGGGUUUACUAGCGUAAGUGGACAAAUGAUUACUUCUUCUGAUCAAUAAAACUUUGGGUUGUAUAGCACUGGAGACUUUAAAAGUUUUAAUUCGCAGAGCUAGCCGAGAAUUCAAACAAGAGGGAUAAUUGGACAGUAGAUAUCUAAUGAUAUGCAUUUGAUCUAGAAUGAAUCUACUCAUCAACCUAGAUCUGUAAUGACUCCGUAGCUCUAUGGAAAGAGACACAAUUAGCACCACUAUAAUAAUAGAGUCCAAGAACCUUCAAGCGAAAAUUUAAUUGUUUAAAAAUUACCAACUCCCAAGGAAAGCCAUAGAGGUAUUAAAUCACAUUCAUAAAAGCACUCAGCUGCGAAACCAUAAUUAAACCAUAUCAAUAAUCAUGAUGUGAUUCAGAUCAAUGAGUAUUACAGAUCGCCCUAGUAUUUAUAAUGCCGAUUAUCUAGUCAACCUUAACCAAAAAGAUAGGCUAAUUCUCCUGAUGAUAGGGAAGAUACUUAGCUAUCUUAUAUCAACACGACGGAUAUCAGUGUGAUUGAGCCACAGUUAAAUAAAUAGACAACAAGCAGACUUUCCUAGAUAAUUACAAGUACUCUUGAUAUUCUAAGACAGCAAGAACAUCAAGAGUUUAAACUAAUUCAUGAGAAAAAAAUCGCUUCACUUGAGGACAUUGAAGCUCUUAUGAAGCAAAUGGCUUAUGACCUGCGAGAUAAAUUCCAUCAUAUAGUUAAACUCUAAAAUGAAAGUGAAAUUAAUAAGCAGAUGGCAGUAACUCUGACUGAUAACCUUAGCCAGUCGCUAAAACAAAAUGAAAAGCUAACCAAAAAGUACAAAAGAGCUAAAAACCGAGUAUAUGAUUUGAAGAAGCAGAUCAAGUAAAUGAUCCAAGAUUAAUAUCUUAAGCAUCCAAACUCAAUGUCUCUCUAAUCAAUUCAGCAGAAUACCAGAGCCUAUGAUAUGUCAGGUCUGUCCAAUCAGCAAACAUUCGACAAUAAUAAUACUAGUAAUGACUAUCAAAUCUUGAGUUAGAAACAGUAAAUUCCAAGUUUCAACAGUCAUAGUAGAUCAGGUAACGCUAACAACACUCAUAAAUCUGAUACGCUUAAUAACUUUACCUUGAAUCAAACCAAUAAUAACCACAUUUUAGAGCUUAAUAAAGACAUACAGAGGCUAUUAGAGGAGAAUAAGGGUCUUAAAGAAGAACUCUAGCUUAAAGAUAGUAUUCUAGCCUCCCUCUAAAACAAAUUGUAUCAAGAUGAAUAAACUAAAUCUCAUUCAGACAACUAAGUACAAUAGCUUAAAUAAGAUAUGAAGGCACUUGAAAGCAUUAAUAAUCAAUUGAACAGGGAAAACUAGAAUUUGCUAUAAACCAUUAAUGAGGCAAACUAGUCUAAGGAGGAACAGGAAAGCUAGAUGAGAGAUUAAGAGAUUCACUUUUAAUAGCAGCUUUUUAACAAAGACAUUGAGCAAGAGAACUUAAGAGAGCAGAUGAAUGCUACCAAUAGUAUUAUGGUGAAUAGGAAAUUGCAUUUAGAUUCCUAAUCUUAGCAAGAAAGUUUAAAUCAAUUGGAGUAGGAAGAGUCAAGGAACAAUUAUAUAAGCAAUGAAAGAUCACUAUUGAAUUAGGAAGUCAUCUUGCAUUUCAUGAGACUCUUCCAGAUUCCUGAUUUGGCUGAUAUAGAAGAAGUAUUUGCGAGAAUUGAUUAGAUCUAUCAAGAUUAAUGCUAAAUGAAUAGAGUAAUUCAAGAAAAUGAUAAGUUAGUAUCUUUUAAGAGCAGAAUAAGCUAAAUUCUCUAGCAUUCCUAAAGCGACUCUUCCUCUUCAGACUAUUCUUGUCCUUCAAGCAGUUCAAACUCGACUAAUUGCCUUAAGAGUAAUACUAACUAGCAUCUAUUCUAACAGAACUAAGUUCAAAGUAGCAGUCAUUCUAGACAGGGAAGUAGGAAGCAGAUGUCUGAAAAGGCAAUGCUCAAUCAUAUUUAGGAAUUGAAAUCACUUUCAUAUGAUGCCAAAGAAUGGUAGUUCUUGAUUGGUCAGCUUAAACUAAUACUUGGUUUGUAAUAGAAUCAGUAGGAUAGCUUUAUUGUAGAUGAGAUUUAAAGACUUUAGUCUGAGGUCUAGACAUUGCAGGACUAAGUAGAGAAUCAGCAAAAGACAUUCGAUACUUCAACACAAAAGGUAGGAUAUUUAUUCACUAAUAUAAUAUAGUUUAUUCAAAAAUACAUAGAGGUAUACAGAAUCAGUAGUGACUAUGACUGUGAUAUCUUUGAAGUGCUGCAUAAUCAUCUUCUAAGCCAGCAAGAAUACCUCGCAGCAGUCAAGUAAAUCACUAAUGAUUUGAGGAAAGCUCUGAAUAUGGACUCUAAGCUCAACAACACUAAGGACAUUCUAGCCUGCUCCUUAAUGUUUAUUAAAAGGCAGAAACUGUCAGAGUAGAAUGCCUAUCAGUCAUAGAAUCAAUAUUAGUAACUACAGAACUAAUCACCAUAGGAUUACAAGAAUAUGCAUAACACUUACUCAAAUCUUAUAAGAGAAUGA